AUGUCUAACUCCUUUAAGUUAGUCGUUUGUAUUACUUCCACUGCACUCUUCGAUUGUAGUGAAUCUCACAACAUAUGGAAACAACAAGGACUUGAAGCGUACAAAAAUCAUCAACGCAACCAUGUCAUGGAACCUUUAAAACCUGGUGUUGGAUUUCGAUUAGUUCAAUCUCUGUUGAACUUAAAUUAUAGCACAGAUAAAGAAUUGGUUGACGUGAUCCUCGUAUCACGUAAUGACAGUCAAUCAGGAAAGCGCAUUCGGAACUCCAUCAGUUACCACAAACUUGGUAUUACACGUAUGUCAUUCACCAGUGGUACAGAUGUUACCACAUACUUACAAGCAUGGGGAUGCGAUCUCUUUCUUACCACAGAAGAAAAACAAGUUCGUACAGUAUUGUCUGCCAACUCUCCUACUACGUUUAAUGGAAUAGCAGCUGGUUUGGUAUGCAACAUCAUUGCUGAAACAACAGAUCUUCAGUCCGAUAAUUCAGUGUAA